AAUUAUAACUUCUAGAGUCACUCAAGUAAAAGCCACCCUUGUAUGUGUAUGUUCUUCUUCCUCUUUCCUGUCCCAAAAGAUCCCAAUGGACCGAUGCUCUACAAAGGAUUGUAUCACCUCUUCUUCCAGUACAAUCCCACCGCGCCAGUAUUUGGAAACAUCAGCUGGGGACACGCAGUCUCCAAGGACCUCAUCAACUGGAGCUUCCUCGACCUGGCUCUCCAAAGAGACAAGCCUUACGACCAAAACGGUGCCUUCUCUGGCUCCAUCACCUUCGUCAAGGGAGUGCCGGUCAUUCUCUACACGGGCUCUGCGCUCAACUUAGAUCAGUCGCAGAACGAGGCUGUGCCUGCAAACAUCUCGGAUCCGCUGGUUAGAACCUGGAAGAAACUGGAGCGGAACCCGAUCAUCUUUCCACCACCCUCCGGCGUGCGAACAGUAGACUUCAGAGAUCCAACCACGGCCUGGAUUGGUGCCGACGGGCUUUGGAGAAUCCUGGUGGGAGCAAAGAAGAAUGCCACCGGAGCUGCAAUCCUGUACACCAGUAAAGACUUUGUUCACUGGGACUUGGUGGACAAUCCGCUCCAUGAAGUUGCUGGAACCGGGAUGUGGGAGUGCCCGGAUUUCUAUCCCGUUUCAUCCUUCGGAACAAAAGGCUUGGAGGAUUCAGUCAGAGGCUCUGGAGUUAAACACGUACUCAAAGUCAGCUUGGAUAAUACCAGACAAGAUGCUUACGCUGUAGGAACUUACGAUGCUGCGGCCGAUAAGUUCAUACCCAAUGUCCCGGAGCUGGACACUGGAAUAGGCCUCGUUUACGAUUACGGCGUCUUCUACGCUUCCAAGACGUUCUACGACCCUGAGAAGCAGAGACGCGUACUUUGGGGAUGGGUCACCGAGAAAGACAGCGUUGAGGCUGACAUAGCCAAAGGCUGGGCCGGCGUCCAGGCACUCCCGAGACAAAUCUGGCUGGAUGAAACACACCAAAAUGGAGUUAGACAGUGGCCACUAGCCGAAGUGUAUAAACUGCGUCGACGGGACUACCAUUCACAGGCUUACCGCAAGCUUCAAGGUGGCGCGUUGCAGGAGAUACAUAGCGGCAGAAAGAAGUUUCAGCUGGACAUCGAGGUCACCUUCACUGUAAGAAAUCACAAACUAGUCACCCUCGACAGCAUCAUGGAAGACGGACAAACCUCAUGCCUUGGUCGUACCACCGCAUCAAGAGAAGCAAUUGGACCAUUUGGACUAAUGGUUCUAGCCUCGGAUUAUCUCCAAGAACACACUGCGAUCUACUUCGCGUUGCUGAGAUCGAAGUCGGGCUGGAAGCCCCUUGCUUGCAGCGACAUUCGAAGAUCGUCGCUACAGCCAAAUGUCACAAAAACAGCAUACGGAGGAUUCGUGAACGUUACCAGCACAGAGCAGCAGCUCACGAUGCGAGUGAUUGUAGAUCACUCGAUCAUCGAGACAUUCUUUCAAGGCGGACGGACCUGCAUUACCUCCCGCGUGUACCCUACCAGCGGCUCGCCGCGCCUCUUCCUCUUCAACAACGGCAGCGCCCCGAUCGGCGCCUCCAUCGCGCUAUGGGGCAUGAAGAACGCCACUUUCACCCUAAGCUGAAC